AUGCCUCACUGCGGGUAUAAAACCGCCACCCCGCAGACCGACGGCUGCAGAUUCGUUGUGUCCAAGAGUCGGGAGGAAAAGGUCCUCUCAUUUAAACAGCCGCGUUCUAGGCUCGCGUUUCCGUCUGGGGUUUGUGCUGACAUACGAAUGGUGAACAUACCUGUGGAGCUCUUGUUGAACAGUGAUAGUUUUGGUUGUCGAAAAGGAUCUAAAGACCAGAGUUUCCCCGAAACAAUCAUGCUGAACACAGAGGAAAGUUCCUGGCUCCGGGGCCUCUGUGGUGCUCCUGAUGCCCCUCACCCACAGCUGAAGAUCCCGGGUGGGCGAGGGACGGUCAGGGAUCACUCUCAUGGCGUGCUACUACACAAGGAUGACAAGUUAACGGUAACGCAGGCCUCUCCUGUGAGCGGGAGCCCCUCUCUUCUCCGCUUCCACUACCAGCUCAGUGAACGCCGCUCGGCCUUCUGGGACACGGCUCUGCUGAAGGACAGCCUGUUCCUGGAGAUUUUAGCCGGUCCGCUGGCAGAGGGAAGCAAAGAGGGAUUGACCGCCCUGCUCGAGUUCGCAGAGGAGAAGCUCAAAGUUAACUUCGUCUUCCUGUGGUUCCAUAAAAGCAGAGAAGAUAGAUUGUCCAUCAUCAAGACGUUCCACUACAUGGGCUUUGAGAUGGUGAAGCCGGGCAACCCCAUGGUACCAGCCCGGCCCGAUCUGGCUUUCAUGGUUUACCCUCUGGACAACAGCAGCUCGGAUGAAGAGUGACUUCCACCAACUCCUGACACCUCCCACGCCCACCCUCAUCUUACCCACACAAUCCCCCCCUCUCUCCUCCCUCCCCUAAAACAAACCUGCCUUCGUUCAUCCUGUGACAACAACCCUCCACCUCAGAAAUCGCCCACCAGUGACGGUGGUUCAACCAGACUAGUGAUUUAAUGGGGGCGUUUUGGAUGGAAGGAUUACCACGCAUCCCCUCAUCCUGCUUUCCUUCUUUCGUCACAUUAUUUGUUUGCGUCGCCACGGACCGGACGAACAACUGCUGGACACUCGGGAGACGGUGGCGUUUUUCCUUUAAGCUGCAGCAAAUCUCCUCCGACAGUUCCUACUUUUUCUAUACAAGACUCUGGUUUGUCUUUUAUUGCUGUAAACCGUGCAAGCUAAAAGUCGUCCGGAAACUGGGAAACGAUGGGAUGCGGACAACAAACCAUGUAAACACACGUGAAUGUUUCUUUUGUGUUCCCUCUGAGGCACAUUGAGGCAUCAUUCCGGCACACGUCACUCACUCUGUGAUAAGCUGAAAAAAUUGUAUGAUGGUUUUUAAAAAACCACCAAAAAAAUAAACGAGGCUUUGAGUUACUUUUCAUUAAAACCUCCUCUGAAUUAUGAAUCAGUUUGAGGCUUUUUAAGGUUUUUAUUGAAGUCAUUUUCUGUUUAAAAAUGGAACAGGAGGGCAAGACCUAACAUGUUUAGUUGUGUUUUUGUUCCAUUUUAGUAAUUAAAAAUGUUGCCCUGCCCUGACAUAACGCAAUAAGCUCUUUAAAUUGUUUUAAGGAUGUAGGAGAAGCCAAAAUAAAACAGAAGUUGAGCCUUUUCAGCUCCAUAUAGACAUCCACAUUAAGAUCAUGCACCAGUUAAAAGGUUUAUAGAAAUGUGUGUGUGGGGGGGGGGGGUUGCUAUUGUGCCUGAAGAGGAGAGUGCAAUGUUUGUUUGUUUGGGUUUUUUUUGGGUUACUCUCAAGUCUUAUCGAAUGUCAGUUUUCACCCUUGUAAAUUCAGACCUGUGCUACGUGAGGACACCUCAGGUGAAUACCAUAUAUGCAAGUGGAGUUCAAAUCCAGGAAGAAAUCCAGAAAAUGUUUUUUUUUUUUUCUUUUUUUUCCCCUUAAAGUUUUCUAGAUUUUAUUUCUCUGAACAAACCGCCAAAGAAUCCAGUUAGUCUGCCCUGUCGACUCAAAUCAUCUUACCCAGCUCAUAGUAACUUAAUACGGUAUGUAAAGCUACAUUGACCUACAUUCCCUUAUGGCUCCAUACUCCCUGUAACACUCAAAACGUUAGCCUGCCCACACUGCAUGUGUUCCACUCACACCAGUCUCCAUUGCUACUGAUCCUGAUAGAGCCCUGACUGUAAGCUGUUAGGAGAAAUAUAGAUUUUUCUGAAGCUUAUUUUUUUCUUUCUUUUUUUUUUCAGAGGUAUAUUUUUAUCUGAAUGUUGCUCUUCUGUUUUGUGAUAUUGUAUGGGUUUAAUGUCUGUCCUUUUUUUUUUUUUUUUUAGUUAACUACCAUUCAGUGAUGAUCCACAAUUAUAUACAGGUUAUUGUCUUUUUGGGGGAGGGCGGGUCAAUAAAUGUUGAAUAAAAGUGUCCA